AUGGGACAUCAACUGGAAUCUUUUCUGGGCUCUCCAGCGUGCCAACCGUGUACUAUCAGCUUUGGUGGCACUGUGCCUGGGUCAGGGGUGGGCUCUUUAACUGCAACCCCAUCAUCUGGAUUACCUCUCGCCUACUGGGACGACACCCCCUAUCAACACGCUUUCGACCCUCACACCUACUGCGUUGCCGACAACAUCGGCCCCAUAUCCUACUGGAAAUACUACAGUCCCGUCUGCGAUCCCCGGCACGAGCGGUGCGCAAACAAGUACGGUAUCCGAAGGCAUCUCUUCUUUGACAGGAAGUCUUUCGCCGUCUGUUCCUUUUCCAUUGUCAAACUCCAGCUCAUCAAGCUAUUACUUUCCUACGGGCACUGGUUCUUCUGGAGCAUCAUUGCCACCAACCUCUUUAUCUUCUCUGUCCUCAACUUCAUCUGGUAUUCCAGGAACAAGCGCUCCAUCUGUCUCGAGCCCCAACGGCACCUCACUAACAUCAAGUGCGCCGUACCCAACCGGGAACUUCACCACGACGCCAAAACCAACAGGGACAAUCCCAGGCACAGGGAGCUCUGGUCUACCAUCAAGUCUUUCAACAUCAACCCCGAGCUCUCUUUCUUAUCCAUUUGCAAAUUCUACCACCAUUGUCGGUCCUUCGGGAACAAACCCGAUACCCGGGACCGAGAGUUCACUGACUGUGCUGUCACCUGGAACAUCAAGUGGAACAGCACCAGCCGUGUCGACUGGAAGCGGAACGGCGUCAUAUCCUUGGAGCAAUUCGACUGGAGUAACAAGCGGACCAUCAGGAACAGGCUCAACGUCUGGCACCGCAAGCGAGACUUACAUUCCGUUGACGAAUAUCACAGCCUCAAUCUCGGGGACAGAAAUUGUCACAACUGCAUCAUCGAGCGGAACUGCACCGUCCGGUCUUGCAUCUUCAGCCAUUGGCACCUCGUCUGUGCCAUAUCCGCUGACAAACACAUCUGCUUCGUCCCUGGGCCCAAGCUCGCCUGGGACUAG